UAUAUAUACAAUUAUUAUCAGUAUCAAAAUGAUGAUGCUGCGUGCCCUUAAUCUCCACCCAUUUCCUGAGGAGUGAAGGAUGUCGGCGCCACGCACAGAAAGCGUUCAGUAGCCCACCGCACCCACCGCAUCAGCGGUCCUCACUGAUUUCUGCUUACAUCGACUCCUGCUUUAUCUACACAGUCAUUCGAGGAAUCGGCACGGAGCACGGACCGGUCGAUGGAAAAAGCGAGAAGAUGAUACUGUGAAGAGGGUGGACAUGGAAACCCGACGCUGAGUUCCUUUAAUUGUGACCAUGGCCAAACAGUAUGAUGUGCUGUUUAGACUCCUGCUCCUCGGAGACUCCGGUGUCGGCAAAACCUGUUUGUUAUGCAGAUUCACGGAUAAUGAAUUUCAUCCCUCUCACAUUUCCACCAUCGGUGUCGAUUUCAAAAUGAAGACCUUGGAGAUAGAUGGCAUUAAAGUACGAAUACAGAUAUGGGACACAGCAGGCCAGGAGAGAUAUCAGACCAUCACUAAACAGUACUACAGAAGAGCACAGGGCAUUUUUCUGGUGUAUGACAUCACAAGCGAGCACUCGUUCCAGCACAUCAUGAAGUGGGCAAGUGAUGUAGAUGAGUAUGCCCCCGAGAAAGUGCAGAAGAUACUUGUUGGGAAUAAGUCUGAUGAAGAACAGAAGAGACAAGUAGCUACAGAACAGGGAAAUAAGCUUGCCAAGGCUUAUGGAAUGGACUUUUUUGAGACAAGUGCCUUUACCAACCACAAUAUUACAGAGUCUUUCACCCGAUUGGCUGAAUUAGUCUUACAAGCCAAUAAGAAGGAUCUUGAUUUGUUGGGAGGAUCCAUGAAUGACCAGUUAAAUCUUGCUAUUUUGGAGGAGCAGGAAGGAUUGUGUAAUGUUAGCGACGGCAUCCAUGAGUCCUGCUGGUGCUGAGAACAGGAUGUGACAUUACUACUUUUUCAGUUGUUUUCCAUGUAUAUAUUACAUGUACAUUUUGAAUGACCAUUUUGCAAAGUUGAACGUUAUUGUUAAUCAGUUUUUGGUGCCUUUAAAGGCUUAUUUCCUGCUGAUAUACUCAUGGAUAUUAUUAUUUGUUAUUUAUUUUAUAGUUACUAUAAAUUAAGAUGGAACAUUACAGAGUGCUUGUAUAUAAAGAAUAUUUUCCAGUUUUUUUUUCUUAGUUUGAAAAACGAGAUCUAAAGGGCACUGCAGUGUACAUUAUUAAGUUAUGCUCAUUCAAGCCACACAUUCAGAGUCAGUCAGUUAUAUUCAGUUUUACAAAUAUAAAAAACAAGUUGAUUACAGGGUAAGACAACAUUGACGAAAUGGUUUAUUCAAAUGAAUAGUACACCCAAAAAUUUAAUUUUGCUGAAUAUUUACCCUUAGGCCAUCCAGUAUGUAGACGACUUUCUUUCUUCAUCAAAAUAGUCUACAUCUUGAAUGACAUGAGUGUAAAUUUUAAGCAAAUUUUCAAUUUAGGGUGAACUGUUCCUUCACCGUGGUUGUAUGGCUGGAGCGCCCAUGUUAACAUAUAUUCUUUCUUGUUUUUUGCUUAUGGGACUUUGUGAAUAAUUCAGAUCGGAUUUGGCUUUCUAUAAAAAAAUUUUUUUGAAUAUUAAAACCUUGAAUGCACCUACUUGACUAAUGAAUGCUCUUUUAAGGUAAUACAUUUAUUCUUGAGUGAUGAAUUGAUGAAUCUUCACAUGUCAGUCUAGGAAUACAUGCUUCUUUUCUGUAAAAGCACUGUGUAAAAAAAUCACUAUACUUGUAAAUGCUGUUUAACAGUUCUGGUCCACUGUGAUUGUAAAAGAAUGCAGUGUUUUUUUAUUUAAUUCAUCUGAGGUUAUUGCUGAAAAAACGACUUAAAUGUUAUCAUUUAAUGUGGUAUUUUACACCAAUUUUACAUUAAGCUCUCUUUUUCAAUCAGUAAUCACCAUUUACCUGAUUAGAAUAGUUGGAAUGUUUCAACAUUUACUCUAUAAGGGAUUCUGGAAUUUAUAUGGUUUAACUUUCAUCACAGCACACCGAAUAAUAUUUUCUCAUGCUAAAAUCAACAUCUUACCCAUAUGAACUUGAGUGAAGUUUAUGCAGCAGACUGAACAGUUGUGAUUCCCAGCAUUUGAUGCCGAUGUGCAUCGCUGCAAUGACAUGGGUUGUAUUGCUAAAGAUUCAAUGUAUAUUACACUAUUGCAGCAUUUAUAUGUGCAAGUGGUAUUGUACUAUGUUGACUUAAAUUAACUCUUGAAUAAUGCUGAUAUGUUUACCUGUCUUAUCUGAGAAGUUGUUUCUUGAAAUACAUCCAUGACAAAAAAUCUGAGAACUUUAUUAUGCAUAUGUGGUUAUUUAUAUAUAAACUAUAAUAAUGUGGUUUUGUUUAGGGGUUCAAGUAGUUACGAAUAAACACCUGAUUGUGAAAA